GUGGUCCGAGACAUUCUGCUGAUUGGACAUAGACAGGCUUUUGCAUGGGUUGAUGAGUGGUAUGACAUGACAAUGGAUGAAGUCCGAGAAUUCGAACGAGCCACUCAGGAAGCCACCAACAAGAAAAUCGGCGUUUUCCCACCCGCAAUCUCUAUCUCGGGCAUUUCCCUGCUGCCUUCUUCGGUGCGCAGUGCCCCGUCCAGCGCUCCGUCCACCCCUCUGUCCACAGACGCCCCAGAAUUUCUGUCCGUUCCCAAAGAUCGGCCCCGGAAAAAGUCAGCUCCAGAAACUCUCACACUUCCAGACCCCGAGAAAAAAACCACCCUGAAUUUACCCGGCAUGCACUCUUCAGAUAAGCCAUGCAGGCCCAAAUCAGAGUAACUGCGUAUGAAUAGCCCAUGGGGUUCUAUGUUUUCAUUUGGGGUUGGCUGGUUGUUAGUUUUUUUUAAAAAAAAGAAUCUUCUGAUAGUGGAAAA